AUGGAUGGCAAGUGCAAGAAUUGCCGCCACUUAGUUCGAAAAGACUUGGUCGAGGUCGGCGGUACCCCACAUUUCUGGUCGAAAACUGCUGAGGGCAGUUGCAGGACUUGCCGGCUCCUAUACGACGGCAUCGCGAUUGCCGCUCCGUAUAGCAAUCAUGAAACGGUGCUUCGAUGGGAGAUACACGUCCAGAACGGAUUGAUUGUUAAAGGAACUGGAAACGGGGAUGUUAUGGUCGAAUUUUACUGUACUUCCGGCAAUUCGGAUCUCCCAGACGCGAUCGGUGCAAAAGACCAUGUAACCCCAUGGUGGCAGGACCACACCACGAUCUCUGUUUGUAGAGCCGCCGCCAAUGAGGAGCAAUCACUACCGGCCAGCAUCCCUAGGCCAACACGACUGCUCGACCUUGGACUUGAUUCGGCUCUAGAAUCUGACUUGCGCUUGACACGCGACACGGCAAAGGUCUCUCAAUACGCAACGCUCAGUCAUUGUUGGCUCCAAGCGGACUCUGAACCUGUCCAAACCCGAAUCGCCAACGUCAGCCAACAUCUCCAGAGAAUUAAAUUUGCUUCACUCAGCCCCACCUUCCAACAAGCCGUGAAAGCCUGCAGGAGACUCCAUAUCGGCCAUCUGUGGAUCGACAGCCUUUGCAUAGUCCAAGACGACCGGGACGAUUGGGAACGCGAGGGUUCCAACAUGGAUAACAUCUACGCCGGGGCGUGCGUCACUCUCGCCAUGCAUAGCAACGCUGAAGGCUUCAUGCCAUACCAUACCCUACCAUUUCCUCUGCACGGCGGCUCCACAGGAAAGAUUCAUGUGCGACAGCUCACUAACCACCCGGAUCUACUCCACCAUGUCGCCGCCGCCCCCAAGGCGGAGGACAAGGACAGGAUCGCGCCUAACGGGGCUUGGGGACGCGUCUCCCUUCGUGGAUGGUGUUAUCAGGAGAGGGCCCUGAGCAGGCGUGUGUUCCACAUAACGAGCGACGAACUGCUCAUUGAACAAGGCGGUAGGAUUGUCUACUGCCAGUGCUCACACCAUCAUCGGAAUUCACAGGUGGGCUUUGCCGGGUGGCUGACGGGUGGAAGCAGAACGUUGCCCACGGAUCAGGCCAAGUAUACCUGGAGCAACGUGAUCAGUCAGUAUACGCAGCGUAUGUUCUCGUUUGAAAGCGACCUGCUCCCAGGCCUGGCUGGACUCGCACGGCGACUAAGCACCGAAUUCGGAAUGGGGCCAUACUUUGCGGGGCUGUGGAGAGAGAAUCUUCUUCGCUGGCUUUGCUGGAAAAGCGUGUCGUGGAAAUCGGAAAUCCCUGGUGAUAUCUGCCCCAAUUGUCGCCCCUAUCCUCGUCGGAGGAUUAGCGACGGACCUCUACGUGCACCAGUGUCGGAGUUCGUCCCGAGUUUCUCCUGGGCUUCGAGAUUUGGGCCAUGCAAGUUUAUGCACGACCCAUGGCGAUUGAACGAAUAUGUUGCCGUCGCCGAAGUCAUCCGCGCUGAGUGCCGAGCCAGUCAGCAAAGUCCGUUCGGCCGCAUUCUUGCCGGAUUCAUCGACUUAAAAGCUAACCUGUAUCGCGCGCUCCAUUUCUCAACGACAGGCUGGUCUCGAAAUGAACUCGUCGGCAUGAAUCUCUGCCUGACUCAGCAUGCUUACGUGGUGGAUGAGGGCUUCCCCUCCAGGUGGGAUAUGUCGGCGCAUAAGGAGAUUUUCAGUCAUGUCAAGGGAUGUGGAAGGAGAUUCAAAGUUGAUGCGAGCGAUGACCUGCCGCCGGAUGGGAGCGUCGUUUACCUGCUUGAGCUCUUCUACGUUACAGGGUUCCAUCGGGAUUCUUCAUUUGACGAGGAGCUUGGAUGGGAACGUACUAUACCAGGGGAAAGGGCUAUAAUGCUUAUCCUAGUCCCGGAUGAGUCUAAAACAAAGGCUAUUGAGGCAAACGGCCUGGGUCGGCCGGGUGAAGACAUUCAGUCAUUUCGGCGGAUUGGCAUUGGGAUAUUUGGUCGAUUUGAGUUUCUAGACAUGGGCUCGCCAGAGGAAACUAUUAUACGGUUAGUCUAG